CGGCCACAAACAGAAAUGCAGUGACAAUAACACAGCACCGAUGAUUUCGUGGCAAAUUCUCAUCUGCUUCUGGAUUUAAAGCCAUAAAAUGUCGGACUCAUUAGAAACUCUUCAGGAUCGACUGGACCGUCUUCAGGAGCUGACAGACUUCACCGAAAACUGCAAAAAACAGCUAGACGAUAUAUUUGAAACGCUAGGAUGGUCGCCGGACUAUAAGGGCUCCACACAGGAGCCAAUGGAGCAGUGUCCCUAUGACCCCAACCACAGAGUCCCAGUCAGGAGCAUGGAGAAGCAUAAACUCUCCUGCAGCCUCCGAAAGAUGGGCUACUCAGCUGAGGAGCAGGCAGAGAUGGUCGACCCUUCUGUGUGUUAUGAGAACAGAGGUGUCAGAAAAUUCAUAGUGGACAAAUCCACCCAGCACCGGGUGAUCCUGCAGGCGAGAUCUGCUGCACCACUGAUGAGGAUGGAAGGAGUCUUCUGGCAAGGUCAGUACUCCAGCCAGCCCGUCGACGUGCCGCAGACCCAUAAGCGCGCUGUGUGUGACCUCACCGUGGCUGACCGAUUGGCUGUUUACGACCACGUGAUCAGCACCCUCAACCAACAGAAGGAAGCCGCCUCCACCAGCAACGAUGACCUUUACGUAGAUCUGGUGUCUAAACUCCAGAAGGAUGAAGAACAGAAUGAACCAAAGACUCACCUGGAGCUGAUGGCAGAGAUGAGGGACUACAAGAGGCGGCGUCAGUCUUAUCGAGCCAAGAACGUUCACAUCACCAAGAAAUCCUACACCGAGGUGAUCAGAGAGGUGAUUAACGUCCACUCAGACGAGCUAUCCAGACAGUGGAGAGAAGAGGAGGAUGAGGAGGAGUCGACGAGAACUGAGCUCUCGUCCCACAGACGUCAGCUGGAUGAAAGGCGGUCAGCUUCAUCAGAGUCUCGUCACUCCCACAGUAGACGCCAUCGCAGCCGGGAACAAAGUCAAGACAGAGACAGCAGGAAGAAGAGGAAGAAGAGGGAGAGUGCCCAAACACACUCUCAUUGCUCCAUGGAUUCCCGCUCCAGGGAUUCCCGCUCCCCUGAUGACCACCACCACGACCGAAAGAAGAAGAAAAAGAAGAAGAAAGAGGAGAAGGAGAAGUAACAGUGACGGAUCAGCAACAACAGAAGUCAGAUCAGACGAGGUCAUUGAUCACUGUGACCUCCACAGGUCAAAACACAUCACGUCACAUUGGGUGUCAUAUUUUUGAAGUUCAUAAUCAUGGAGAUUUUGGAAAGAAAUGAAAAGGAAUAAAGUUUUGGAAACAACAACAGUAACAUUUUGAGCUUUUUGUGCUUCACAAAGUUUUAUAAUCUGCUGAUCCUGAACAGACUCUUCCUGCCUCUGCCUGAUUGGCUGGGAGCGGUUUUCAACCACAGCCUACAUGGAAUGUAGGACAGGGGUGUCAUAGCUGGCAAGCUUUUAUCAUGGGGUCAAAGGUCACUCUUGUUUCAGGCUUCAUUUUGGUGUGUGUGUGUGCGUGCAUGUGUGUGUGUUUAAGUGUUUACACAGCGUUUCUGCUGUCAGUGUGAACUCUGGGAGAGCCUCUGAUUCAAAAUAUGACUUUUUUGGUAAAGAAACAAAGAUGCUACUUGAAAUGUGGAGGUCGUCAUUUUAAAACUAGAUAUGAUGACACUUUAUGUAAUGGAUUUGUCAUUAGAGACGUGUAGGACAAUAUUUAUGACUCUUUGUAUGUUGAAGGUUUAAACUAUUCUCUGUAUUCUUUAUAUAAAGUCAAGAUUCUGUACAGUCUGUAUUAGGGCUCAACUAAUUAUCAUUCUUAUAAUAGAUUAAUCCUCCAAUUACUUUCUUAAUUAAUUAUUUGGUCAAAAAACACAUCAGAAGACGAUGAAAAAGUCCAU